AUGGCAUCAUUUGUUACCAAAAGAAUGACCGAGCGAGAGGAAGAAUUUACAGAAAUACUUAUUGAUAGGCUAAUUACCGGCACCUAUAAUGUUAAUGGACAGUUUGCACCAGACAAUCUGUCAGUUUGGCUCAAUCCUGAUUACGAGCCUGAUAUAUAUGCUAUAGGGUUUCAGGAAUUAGAUCUUUCUCCAGAAGCCUAUCUUGUUUAUGAUGGGACCAAAGAGAUUGAAUGGACUCACGCGAUCCUUUUAGGGCUAGGGGAAAAGGCCAACAAAUAUUAUAAGCUCGUAUCGAAACAACUGAUUGGCAUACUCCUUAUGAUCUUUGUGAAAAAAGAGCAACUUCCCAACAUUAAAGAUGUUCAAACAGAUUCAGUUGGAGUUGGUAUGUUGGGUGUGAUGGGAAACAAGGGAGCAGUAGCAGCAAGAUUACGAUUCAGAGACUCUUAUCUCUGUUUUGUAUGUUGUCAUUUGGCGGCCGAUCCCGGUCAGCUCGCUAGGCGAAAUCAAGAUUACUUAGAAAUAUGUCGCAGAUUAGGGUUUUCCAUUAAUACAAUGGCCUCAUUUCCUUCACCUCAUCUGAUUUGGAUGGGGGAUCUAAAUUAUCGUAUCGAAACUUUGCCAGAGUCUGAAGUGAAGACUAUGCUCGAGAAUAAUGAUAUGCAAUUAUUGCUAAAUUUUGACCAGCUUAAUAUGCAGAGAAGAGCCAAGUUGGCGUUUAACGAAUUCGAGGAGGGGGAUGUAACCUUUCCACCAACUUAUAAAUAUGAUAUAGGAAAAACUGUCUACGAUACAAGUGAGAAAAGAAGAUCUCCAGCAUGGACAGAUAGGAUAUUGUGGAGAAGCAAGCAAAAUGAUUUCAUCAAACAGGUUUAUUAUACAGAUCAUAUGGAUAUUAUAGCAAGUGACCACAAACCGGUCAGUGCCGCGUUCGAGAUGAAGGUCAAAAUUAUACAUCCAGACAAACAAGCUAAUGUUCACAGUAGCGUGGUUAGAGAAUUGGACAAGCUCGAGAAUGAGCGUAUACCAGAUGCAACUGUCUCCACUAACCAAGUCGAUUUUGGUAAACUGACGCCAGAUAUGCUACCAAAGAGCGAGAUUCUGAUAAUAGAAAAUACUGGCAAGGUGCCUGUCAAAUUCACGUUCAUUCCCAAGUUUGGCGAGGUUUCUGUCAGCCAGUCGUGGUUGAUUGUUGAACCCAUAAAUGGAGAAAUACCGCCAGGUACAUGUCUGUGCUGA